AGUUUGUAUUUUCUAGAAGUUUGUCCAAUCUCAUAAUUUCAUGCCCACUAAAAACCCAGGCCCAUCAAGAACGACUACUAGCAGCUCCAGCUGCAAAUUGCACUCAUACUGCCGUUUACGAUUUUGGCUCACCUUUGCCCUUGUGCCGAUAUUGAGCAUCCUUUUCUAUGGAAUAGCAGCAUUUUAUGUCAGCUCACGACCUCUCAAUGCUGAGGGUGUGAAGAAUGCAGUAGAUCAAGCACGACAGGUGUGCCGUCUUGAUGGGACUAAACCUACUUGUCGUGAAGACAAGAGGUACGAGUUGGAGAUGAAUCGUGUGUACCCUUCGGAGUAUGGUCUUGCAUCUUUACAACAACAUAAGGCUAGGAAUGUUUUUAAUGAGUGUCCGAGAGGUCACUACCUUGUACCGGUAUCGGAGUCUGAUGCUGGCCGGGGGUUCUUCAGACAGUCCUUGUAUGUUGAUCCUGAGGAUGACUGCAGACUUUGGGAGCUGGAACCAGUAAGCAGCUGGGAAGCUGUACGUACAAGUCUGUUCCAUGAUCCCUACGAACUACUCAAAAUGACGAGUUUGAACCCCGACUGCUCCUCCGCAGAGAUCGAAGUGAAUGCUGAUGCUAUGUUAGAUUCGGGCGUUAUUCAGGUCAACAACCAAUCGAGAUUGGGUAGCUUCAAUUACAUGGAUCCGUGGAUCUCCCCGAUUCAGCACUUCACAUACGAUGUGUUGCCUUGUGCUUUAUAUGCUAUUUCGAAGGAGCCUGAGACUGUUCCUCGCCGAACCUGUGUGUCAUCCGUGUAUCGACAACAGCAAGAGGGAGGAGAGUUAACGAUGCAAGAAAUACUCUCGUCUUGAUGGGUCCCUCGCAAUUUCCA